GUCACAUAAAAGCCACCCCAACCCGUAUAUCGGCUAGAAAAAUAUACUUUAUCGCGUUACCGACUUGCUCCGGCAUACAAAGCCGGAGCCGGAAAAGCCGUCGGGAGAUGAAUCAACUGCCGAAGCCGAGUCUUUCUCGUCUCUAAAGCAUCUCGAUCCCCCUUUUACCUCUGCAACCGAUCAAACUAAACACUCAACCACGCAGAGAAAGAAGUCGCAUCAACAUGUUCGGACUAAGCACAAGACGGUCCGCCGUGACGCGUUCAAAAUACCUUGCCAACACCACCAGUAUCCGCUCCCCAGUGCAGCGGUCAUUGCUCUCAGCCCGAGACUUCCACCCCAGUCAGCCUCAUGCGGCAUUCCGACCUACUUGGAUGCCCAUGCGGGUGAAGACGCCUUGGAUCGAUGCGCUCGCUAGAAGUCGUGAGGCAGCGCAGUCCGGCCAAGGCGCUCCCGCGCCGUCGGCGAAACCCGACCUCACGCCGAAGAAGAUGUCGGAUAGUUACUACAGCGCUGUCUUGCCGCUGGCUCAAGAUAAAUGGCUUCUUGAUACUUAUCUUAAUGCCUCGGGGCAUAUCAGACUUGGUUCGCUACUGAUGGACCUCGAUGCUCUGGCGGGUGUCAUUGCCUACAGACACACUGGCGACUCUGUCACCACGGUGACUGCUGCCGUGGAUCGGAUCACCAUCGAGCAUCCGCUGAUGGAGAUCUGCGAUCUCGAACUCAGCGGCCAGGUCACGUAUGCGACGGGCCGUUCCAGUAUGGAGGUUUCCCUCCAGGUGGCUAAGGCCCCUGCUCCAGAGGAGAAGGUAAAGCCAGAGGACGUUCUUAUCACUUGUGCGUUUACGAUGGUGUCGUUGGACCCCACUACCAAGAAGCCCGCCAAAAUUGCCCCCCUUGUCGUCGAGACCCCAGAGGAACGUCUCCUCUUCAAACAGGGCGAAGAGAACUACCAAGCCAAGAAGUCCCUCCGAUCCAAAUCUCUCCUCGAGCAAGCCCCCGACGCCGAAGAAAGUAACCUGAUCCAUAACAUGUGGACCAAGGAAAUGUCCUACCUCAACCCCGAAUCCCCCGCCCAACGGCCCUCCAACAACGUCUUCAUGAGCGACACAGUCCUCAAAUCCGCUAUGAUCAUGCAACCCCAAGACCGCAACCGCCACAACUUCAUGAUCUUCGGCGGUUUCCUCCUGAAACAAACCUUCGAGUUGGCCUUCUGCUGCGCCGCCUCCUUCUCCCACUCCCGCCCCAACUUCAUCUCCCUGGACCCGAGCACCUUCGAGAACUCAGUCCCCGUAGGCAGCGUACUGUAUCUCCGUGCGACAGUGGCGUACACGGAGCCGUUGGAGCGCGAGGGCGUGGAGAGCAAGUACACGAAGGUGCGGGUGCGGGUGGACACGAAGGUCCGGGACGUGGAGCAUGGGAGUAAGAAACCGACAGGAAUGUUCAAUUAUACGUUCUUGGUGGAGAAGGAUGUGCAGGUUAUGCCGAAGAGUUAUAGUGAGUUUAUGGUGUGGACGGAUGCGAGAAGGAGGUCGGAGAAUGCGGCGGCGAUGUUGCAUGGGUCGAAGGAGCCGAGUGCGUUGAGAGGAUUGAAGGAUAGUGUUACGGAGUAAGGGGAUAUAGAUAGAUAGUUGUUUGGAUGGAUUUGUAGGGUGGUUGUUCUGGGUAGCUUUUGUUUAAUGAGGUUUUCUAACUCGAUUACCUCGCUGUUUGUAUCAUACUACUACUAUUAGUAUCUGUAGAGAUAAAUACUAGUUUCAGAG